AUGAACCCCCAAGUUCUCGCCACGAUAUUUGUCACAGCAGCGUGGGUUUGUGCUACUGCAAAGAUCGAUCAUGACAAAGUUCAGCCCUUCUCUCAACCUACGCCGGUCACGAUUUCUGAAAAAGCUGCCAUCACGUUCAAACCACAACUAUACACCCCAAAAAGCGUGUGUGUCCCGUUCCCUGCCGCUAAUGCUUACGGUGAGAUCACCGGGGGUUUGAAGGGGUCGAAUGGGAACGAUGCGUGCGUGUUUCCUCCAUUGGGCUCGCAGGUUUAUGGUCGAGUUGGAUGGUUCAGGGAUGUAUGGGCUAUCAUGUAUGCCUGGUACUUCCCAAAAGGUUUUUGGAUGGGGUUCGUCUCGAGACGACAUGACUGGAAGAAUGUCGUUGUAUGGAUUGAUAACCCCGGGUUAGAAGAGCCAAAGAUUCUUGGGGUAUCGAUGUCCAAGUCCGAAACCAAGUACACCAAGGAACGUAGGCUGUGGCCAUCCAACUUUGCUGGAUUCUAUAGGAUGGGCCGGAGAUAUGACCGCAGCUACAUUUAUGGCUUCAACACGUUCCUCCGAUUUUACUACCACUUUGAUGUAGGCACUCCAAACUUGUACUUAUCCGAGUGGGAGGGUGAGUAUCAGGAUUUGAUCAUGUGGGAACAGCUCACCGACGUAGCUCGUGCCGCUUUAAACGGCAGCAACAACUUUGAAGAAGUAGAAGUCCCGAUUAGUGAUGAACACUUCGAAACCCGUCUAGACGAGGCCUGGCUUUUCUAG